GCGCCACCGAGCAUGCCUACCAACGUGUGUACGGCCAAAGCUUCCUACAAGAAAGCUCCUGGUACACUCGAACUCACCGACACACAUCUGCAAUGGUCACAGGAUGGAAAGAAGGUUCCUUCAGUGCGAGUUCCUUACCAUGAGGCGACAUCCCUGUUCUGCAGUAAGGAGGGUGCUGCUCAGGUCAGGUUGAAACUAGGUCUUGUAAACGAUGAUAACGGUCAUAAUUUCACGUUCACUGCCCCUCAGGCGGUAGCAUACUCCGAGCGCGAGACUUUCAAGAGAGAACUUACCAAUAUAAUAAGUCGCAACCGUAGUACAGUCGAUUCGAUUGCGAACCCAGCAGCAGCCCCUCCCCCCAUAGUCGCUGCUUCGUCAGCCUCUCCUUCAAAAGCUCCUACCCCUAGACCUCCUGUUGCUGUUGCAUCUGCCUCGCGAGCAUCCACUUCACGUGCCCCUUCAGUCUCUAGUGAUCGUAGAACACCCAUACUACCUGGAACAGAUGCCGCCAGCGAUUUCCGCCUUCGCAAGAAAGUCCUUAUGGGCAACCCAGAACUCGCAUCCCUGCAUCGAGAGCUAGUCAUGAGUGGUCAGAUAACAGAAGCUGAAUUUUGGGAGGGCAGAGAACAUCUUCUACUAGCUGAAUCAGCUACUGAGAGUCAGAGAAAAGGACGUCCUGGUCAACUAGUAGACCCUCGUCCACAAACCGUAGAGGGUGGUGAAAUCAAGAUUGUCAUUACCCCACAACUUGUACACGACAUUUUUGAAGAGUUCCCCGUCGUAGCCAAGGCAUACAACGACAAUGUUCCAAAUAAACUGUCCGAGGCGGAUUUCUGGAAGCGCUAUUUUCAAUCCAAGCUGUUCAAUGCCCACCGUGCAUCUAUUCGUUCGUCGGCUGCUCAGCACGUCGUUAAAGAAGACCCAAUAUUUGAUAAGUAUUUGGAAAAGGAUGAUGAUGAGUUGGAGCCUCGGCGUGCAAGGGACGAGGUUUCCGAUCUGUUUAUUAAUCUUGGUGCCACGCUGGAGGACCAUGGAGAGACUGGUAACGAAAGGGACAUCACUAUGCAGCCGGGUAGACAGCGUGGUGCCCUUCCCCUCAUUCGAAAAUUCAACGAACAUUCUGAGAGAUUGUUAAACUCUGCAUUAGGUGACAAACCUCCAGCUAAGCGGCGACGUGUGAAUGGAAAUGAUGGCGGAAACGAUGCUUAUGGUCAACUAGACCUCGACGACUUGCAUGAUCCCGAGACGUCGGUUGGUAUUAUUUUGGAAAUGCAAGAUCGUCAGCGGUAUUUCGAAGGCCAGAUGGCAAGUGCAGCCGCUGUGGAAGAUGCAAGGAAGAAGGCCUUUGAUGUUCGGCCAAUAUUUAAGGAAGCACGAGAUAGUUUAGUGAGCUGGGAAUAUAAUCUCAACCAGCUUAAGCUUGAGCGUAAACCCGGCGAUGCUGCCCUUCUCUCAAUGACGCAAAACGUUGCUUCGCGAUUAGAUGUAAAAUCCAAGAAGAAUGAAAUGCCUCCUGACCUUUUCAUACAACUAACGACGUGUCAAACCGCUGCCAAUGAAUUUUUACGUCAGUUCUGGUCUGCCAUUUAUCCUCCCUCGACGGAAACGCAGACGAUAGCUCCCGCCACACCUGCACAGAAGGCAACAAAGGCCGCUAAAAUGGCUGGCUAUUUGGGUAAGACACACGAAAAAGUCGAUGCUCUCGUCAGAACUGCACAGGUAGAAGGUGUAGACUCAAUUCGCGUCCAGGUCGCAAUGAAGCCCAUUCUUGACGCUGUGGACCAUGCAUUAGCUUUUUAUCACACUAGAAGUGCAAAGCCCACAAAAGGGAUUAAUUAGGGUAGUUUUUAUUAUACAGUCUGUGUUACAUAUACAAUUUGAUAAGAUGAGUACUUAAGUACACAAGGAAUGGCACUUUUAAUGCUGGUUUC